AUGGAUGGUGUGGAUGCCCAGGCCUCAGCCACAGACUGUGCUGCGAUGACUGUUACCACCACAACGACCAUUCGACCUGAGACUUCCACGACUGAGGAUAGUUGUGCUGCCGUGACAACUACUACCACUGUUACUACUGCAGUCACUGUCACGGACUUUGCGGCGGAGACUCGGCCUAUGUAA